GUCGUAACAACCAAGAAGUGCAGAAGGGUAUCAUACCCAACAAGGCGAGAGCUGAGGAGUUGGCAACGGCACAGUUCAACGCCACCAAGAAGGAGCUAACAGCGUCCGAGAGUAGAGGCAGCUUCUUCCGGAGAAGGCGGAACAGUCAUCGUCGGUCCAAGUCCCUCAGUAAAGAUCACUGGGACGACGUGGUGUUCGGAGACAGUAUCAGCAAGUUCCCUGCGUACGAGAGAGUGAUGCUGCGACAUCCUGGGUUUGUGAGGCCCGUAGUUCUGUUCGGCCCUGUCUCGGAUAUCGCACGUGAUAAGCUGCUCAAAGACUUUCCCGACAAGUUCUCCUCUCCACAGCUGGAGAACAACCUGGAGGAGUAGCAAAAAGCCAAAAAAUCCAGUGGCAUCAUCCGGUUGAGUGCCAUACGCGAGAUCAUGGACCGUGGCAAGCACGCGCUGCUCGACAUCACGCCUAACGCGGUUGACCGUCUUAACUACGCGCAGUUCAACCCCAUCGUCAUAUUCCUGCGCGCAGAGAGCAAGCAGAUCGUGAAGGAGCUGCGUGCCGGCCUGGCCAACCCGACCGUGAUGGAUUUGUUUGCGUGGACCGCCCACAAGUCCAGCAAGAAGUUGUUCGAGCAGGGACACAAGCUGGAGAAGGUGUGGGGCCACGUGUUCUCGUGUUCGCUGUCGCUAUCCCCCGCCAGCCCCGACAGUUGGUACCGGAAGGUGCGGGAGCUCAUCGACAAGCAGCAGACCUCCCCAGUCUGGAUGAGCGAGAGCAAGCCUGACGAAGCGCUCUCUGACGACUUCCUAUUCCCGAUGACGUCGCUGCGGCUGUCGUACGCGUCGUCACCCGAGAGUGACCUGGAGCAGGGGUCGCUACCGCCCCGUCUGGUCAAGUGCUCCAGUGACCCCAGCAUCGCCACCCAGGAGGACAGCCAGCCCGCCCCCCCACCCUACACCCCCGUCUCACCAAAAAAGCCAAACUAUGACAUGAACCAUAAGCCAAGGCGAUCCGGGGACAAGUACGGAUUCUCGCCACCACAGAGCCCCAUGGGGGCCAGCCCACCUGAGCUUCCACCGCGCAUCGAUCGUGCCAGCAAGCCCCCGCGCACCACAGCACCGCGCACUGCUCAGGAGCGACUCUUUGGCAACAAAGAGAGCCAUGACCCUCCCAACUAUAUCAACGCCACCCCCCAUCACCGACCUGCCAACUCGUCACUAGAGAGACACAACCCCACCAAAACUAGCACCGGGAGCUACGACAGUGUCAGCUCAUUCGACAGCUACAACCAAAGACUCGGCCUGGGGCCGAAUGCCCAUGAUGACCUCAAGUCCUGCAACGGCACCAGUAACGGCACACAGAGGCCAUCCGGUCAUGAUCCGUACCGGUUCACACGGUCAACACAAAAACCCAUCCAAGCCAAGCCCCCCGUCGACCCUCCUGCAAAGCCAGCUAAGCCCCCCGACUACCCUAAGUAUAGGUAAGCAAUGAUGUGCUUUUACACAGCAGGGAUCAUUCUGGCUCGUUUUAUAACUUCCAGUUGAACCUACCACUGGGCACAGCAAAAACCG